GUCCAUAUUACCCCUACCGUUCCUACCCGAAUCUUUAUUAUCAUUAUCAGGUGUAGAGUAUGUGUGUUAUCGAUAAUUACUCUCCAGCUCUAUAAUAAAAAAAAAAAAUAAUAUGACACUUGAUCUACAUCUCUAACAUCACCAUGAAUUUAAACGGCAAUUAUUAUCUAAAUAAUCCAACGCCAGCGGAUCCAGAUUAUUAGAAGAAAAAAAUGGCAAAAUUAGUUAAAAUAACAUCCGAGCAACUAAACAACAACUUGACAGCAUUGACCUGUGAGUUCUGUCCUAACCUAGUGUUCAAGAAGACUGGAGACUUUGUCAAACAUUUGAAAGAGUCGCAUUGUUCGAAAGAAGGCGGGUCAUUUGUCUGCCACUAUGGAUACAAUUCCGUAUGUUCAAGUCUCCCAUUGGAGGGUGUUUCGGACAAUGAUUACAUAGCACAUGCAGCGAAACACGCGGCAACCCAACAAUUGCACCAUAAAAAUGGUCAGUUGACAGCAUCAUCAUCGACUUGUUCCAUCACUUCCAGCUCAAUGUCUCAAUCUCAGUCUCUGCCAACGUGGACAGUUUAUUCCGCGGUACAGAAUCUACCCGCGGUACUAAAUGACCCUAAAAAAGGCAAGCAGGGUAACUUUUUAACCAAGACCUGGGGUGAUAGUUUCACUGAUCAUGUUCACAUUCCAAAAAGUAUGUAUUUACCCCAAGAAGUUACAAUUAAUUAUUUUGAUAGCUACUUGAAAAAAAUUGGCCGUCGAUACAGACGACAUUCUAGUCGAUCAAUAACUUCAAUAAAUUCAAUAAAGUCAACGUCUUCAACUGCCUCUUCUUCAAUAAAUUCAUGCCAAGAACGUGACGAGUUUGAUUUUUCAACAAUUCCUAGUAUUUUUCGUAAUCCAAAUUUAGAUUUAUCUAGUCGGGAUACUUUUGAAAAUGUAUUUCCUUUUACCAAGGACGGAUUAUUGCUGAAUAAUUAUAAUGAGAAGGCAGGAAGAAUGACCACCAAUGAUGUGAUGGUACAAGUCAGGUGCUAUCAGGAAAAACUGAGCCAUUAUUUAGAUAUAGUUGAGGUAAGAAUUGCUGAACAGGUUGCCAGUAAAUCACAAGCAUUUUUUCAUGCAAUGACUUCUCAUGAUGUCUUGAUGGAACAAUUGACCCAGACUAUAAACAUUUGCAAGGCGCUGAGGAAAAAUAUAAAAGAUAUUGAUAAGAAUUUUGUUAUUGAUUCAUUAAAUAUCCUGAGGCUGGAAAGAGCUCGCGUUAAUAGGCUACUGGUUUACGAAAAAUUAAAACUGAUAGCGACUGUCCAUCAGAGCCAGCCAAUGAUCCAGUUACUUCUUUCUACUCCUGACUAUGUAGCAGCGCUUGAUUUGAUAUCAACGACCCAAGAAAUUUUGCACCAAGAACUCAAUGGAAUCCAAAGCUUUCGUCAUUUAAGCUCCCAGUUAACAGAAAUGGAGAAGUUGGUUGACAAAAUGUUGUUUACUGAAUUUCAACGUUACUCAACUGCUGAUUUAAAUCGACCAUUAACUAAUGAUUAUUCUGUUCUAGAUGCGGAUAAAUUGAUAUCAAUAAUAUCAGGAUUGCUAAGACAGAAGCAUUUUAAAUUUAUUGAUACGUAUAAGGAAGAAAGUAUAACGACGAUACGGGCUGUUACUAAACAACGUAUUAUUGAAGCACUUGCUGAUAGUGAUUGUUGUAGUGAUCAACAGGCUGCUGCAUUAGAAGUUACUGGUUUGUCAUUAGCUGAACGUUUAACAUUAUUGUCAAGUACUAUUCAAUCGUUAACGAGUUUAUUAUUUCGUAUAAAGGCUGUGCAUGAAGUAAUGCGUGAAACAGCAUCCUUAUCAAGUGAUAAUGUAGAUAGGAAUAAUAUAGAUAAAUUAUUAACGACCGACGAAUAUUUACGGGUAAAAAAUAAACUUAAUGAUAUGUUGUCAACAAUAUGUGAUUAUUGUCAUGAAAGAUUAGCAAGCCAAUUACUUUCGCCAUCAGUAUCAGUAAAUGAUCGUGAAAAAAAUAUUACCGACAGUAAUAAAGAAUCUGCGGUUAUUAAUAACACUAGUAAUAAAUUAAAUAUCAGUAAUGACAAAGAGAUGAUACAGGCGGCUAUUAAAGAUGAUAAUUCGUGGCUGAGUGAUCGGGGUGCAAACGUUGCUCAAGUUUGUCAGCUGGCAAGUAUUAUUGAUGAGUUUACAGAUACGUGUGAAUUAAUAUGCGGCAAACAAUCCACUGCGUUGCGUUCUGCCUUCAAAGUACACGCAAGUAAAUUUGUCCAGCGUUUCCAUAAUGAAAGGAAACAAAAACUAAGUCAACUAUUAGACAGCGAAAUGUGGAAGCAAGCUGAUGUACCAGUAGACUUUCAGUUGUUGAUCGACCGCGUUUUUGAAUUUAAAAAAUUUCCCAAAGAAUUAUCGUCGAUUAAAAAUAGUAGUUUUAAUUAUUUUAAUGAACGUACUAGUGGACUUGGUGAUGUAAAAAAUUUUUUAACUAUUGAUAAUGAACAAUUUGCUGUGGUCAGUACUGUAAUUAUGCUUGUACAGAUGAUUAAUGAGUAUUGUUGUAUAGCUACAGAAUUACAAGUGUUAUCUGGAAGUAUUGGACGUUACUUGGCAGAAUUACUUCGUCAUUACAAUUCGCGUUGUUGUCAAUUGGUACUGGGUGCCGGUGCAAUGCAAGCAGCCGGAUUGAAAACAAUCACCAGUACAAUUCUAGUACUUGCCAGCCGUAGUCUGAAGCUUUUAUUAUGGUGUAUGCCUUUUGUUAAAUCACAUUUUCAAGAAUUAGCGAAUUCUACUCGCGGACCAACUGGACUAGGUGGUACCGUUGGUGGAACUGGUGGUGUAGCAUUACUAGAUAGCGUUGAACGCGAUGUACGUGCUCAUAUUCGUGAAAUAGAGGGUAAAAUAUUGACUAUUGUUGACAAUUUAGUCGGCGGUCAAAUAUCUAUUUGGGAUGCGCGUCCUCCAGUACCUUCACAAUCAUUUCGUAAUAUUUCUAGACACUUGGUUAAAUUACAUGAAGCAGUUUCAGGAAUAUUACCAGCAUCAGAUGUCCAGUCGCUGUAUCGCACCGUUAACAAUUCAUUUAAAGAAAAACUCCGGGAACAAUUAUUUAAAAUGAAUAUUGUUAAUAACGGGGGUCCACAGCACGGUGUCGUAAUAUCUGAGCUAACAUUUUACCUGGAGGCGCUUAGAAAUUUAAAAGUACUGCCUUACGAUGAAUUGAGUGAUGAUUGGAUGGCUGACAUAUGGACUAGAUAACAUGCAGAGCGUGUUAUUUAUUGUUUACUUGAUACCAUGCAACAAUUGUAUCGUGGAACAUGAUUGGGAUUUUAUAAUUUCAAAUUUAUAGAAGAAGAGAACAAUAACAUCAACAACAACAACAAACAUUUUUUAUUCCACGUUUUUCAUUGUUUAUUUAUACUGUAUGUAAAUUGUAACUGAGUGCAAUUUGACGUGAUGUUUUUUUUUAAAUAUCAUGUUAUUUGUUAUCAACGUAUUUAUUAAUUAAAUGCCUGAUUAAAUUUA